AUGGCUGUACUGGGUACGGUAUUGGCUGCUGCAUUCUUGCUUUUCGUAUGGUUUCUAUAUGGCAAGCGUGAAAUUCAUCCCAAGAAUUCUAUCAAAACAAGUUCACGAAAUCUCGCACUUAUUUCAAAUUUCAAAUUUACAUGCGAGAAAGGAAAAGUUGAAACAGAACGAACAGAUGCUCAGAAUCUAUCAAUAAACAGUGGCCAAACAUUAAGGACGGACAUUUUACGCACAGGAAAUUCGUGGAAGUCGAACAAAAUUUCGUCAACUCAAGAUUCGGAUAUAAAUAAUACAGUGAUUGGAGCAAAUAGUUCGGUGAUCCAGGAAUCACAGAAUACACAGGAUUCUAUGACAAUCGAGAAUGAGGACAAUUCGUUGACGAGAAUAAAUACAAGAAGUGAAUCAAUGUACUUCUCAGGCCAAGUUCCCAACGAGUACAAUUUGAAAAUUUCAACUCUAGAAUCUCUAGAAUGUGCAAUUACACCAACAAGUCUAGAGAAUCCAUUAUCAGAUGGAGUGUUAUCCAAAGAUGUUUCAUCUAGCACACAUAGUUUAUCAGCACUGGAAACCGGCAUCACCGUAACAGAUAUGACUGCGGAAGUGCCAAGUGCGCUGAAAACUGCAUCAGUUCUUAAACUGGAUAGUUUGCUGGAAGUAGACUGCCUUACAACUACCGAUAAGACUUGA